GCAAUGUCCAGGGAGAAGGGAAAAUUUCCAGGGCCCACAGUAUGACAUCACAGGUGUCUGGCUGGAGGCUUGUGUUCAUGGCCCUAGCUGCCCCACCCCCUGGAUGCACCUCUGCUGGCUAAGGGUGACACAACUCUGUCCCCUGUCACUCUGUUCCCGCUUAUCUCUCCCGCCUGUUCGGCGCCACUAUCUUCUUGGAAAUGGGUCAGGGCAAAGGGGAGGGGGCUCGGGUGUCCCCUCCUCCAACUGGUCCCAUAAAAAGGACUAGGACUGGGUCCUAGACACCAGGCAGGUCCUUAGACUGCACAGCAGGACAGACGGCACGAUGGCACAGAGCACGAAGAUCCAGGCUGCCUGCCUCCUGCUUCUCCUCGUGGCCAGCCUGGCCAGCAGCACCCUUCUCCAGCAGCUGGCGAGACAGCCUGAAGCACUGCAGCCUUGGCACAGGACAGAAGGCAGGACCGACAGGCCGCUCCUGACCCCGAAACGAAUGAGGCGAGACAGCCACUUCCCACUCUGCACCUUCUGCUGCAACUGCUGUGGCAAUCUUGCUUGUGGUAUCUGCUGCAAAACAUAGAGCCGUGUGCCCCCUCGCCCACAUCCCCUGCCUGCCCUCCGCCCAACCCCCACUUAUUUAUGAGUUUGAAAUAAAGGUAGCGAUUUUACUUUCA